AUGAAAGAACCGGAAUUUUCUGUCAUAAAUUGUACUUGCUGUUCAACCAUAGUUUCGUAUCCACAACAUUCUACCAAAUUUAGAUGUUCCGUUUGUGAAACCACCAAUAUUCUAACCCAUUUUGAAGAUUAUUUCCAUGAAUUCGAUCAAGGUAAAGAACUACAUUUCAUUUCCAGUAAGUAUGUCAAGAAAACUAUUGAAAAAUGCUUAAAUGGGAGUUCAUCUCCAAAGCCCCAUGAGAUCUUCGAACCUUUAUCGAAAUACUUGUACAAUAGUUUCAGAAGUUAUAGUUGCUUGAACAACUCUUUCAAGGUGAACAGAAAUAGUAAGAAAAUUCACUAUAACAAGACAAAUAUUGAUUUUGAAGACAUUUUCCACACUUUCAACCUAUUGAUCAAUUUGCCCACAAAGAGGCCAUUGUUCAAUGCCUUGAAAGGGUGUUUAGAAUUGUUAAAGAGAGUGCCUGUCACUUUUGGGGAAGAUGCACGGAACUAUAGUUGGUUAUUGAUGCUCCUUGAAAUUCCAUUUUUAUCCUAUGCGUUGAGUCAUUUCGAAAACGACGAUAAUGGGUUGGUUAUCAAUGUGAAAGAGAUUAAAUUCCAAAGUUACGAAAUCUCUAAAAGAGUUUUGGGGAUCAUUUCUAAUAUCCAAUCAGUCAAAGUGAAGAAUUACUUCAUAAGCUGGUUUUCGAAGUAUUCAGUAAAGAGUUUUGUCACCAAGGUGGAUCUCAUCAAUGUUUAUAUUACCUUCCAUUUGAAGAGAUUGUUCACUAUCAUCAAUUCCAAAUCCCCUAGGAAAUCAAAACCACAAUCCAAGAUUCUCGAGUCUGAUAAUUUGGAGGUUAUGGAUGAAGAAUUGAAAGAACUGACUAUUCAUCUUAAUAAAUCUAAGAAAACAGAUUCUUUCACCAAAAUCAAACUUUAUCAAUAUGGUAAUGACUGGCACAUUAAAACAUCUUCCAUGGUAUUGAAACUCUUUGUUUCCUCAUACAACAUGCGUUCAGAUGAACUUCAUUACUCAAUAUUCUAUAAUUCAUUGGUGGAUUAUGUCAACUUAAGAAUGGAUUUCGAUGCUUGGGUAAGUAACAAUAAAGCUGCAGAACAUAAGAACAAGGAUUUACCUGAGCUUUCGACAAUUUUGAGUUACAUCAAAGGAGAUCUGAAUUGUUAUAGUGAUUCAGCUACGUAUUUCUUCAGUAAAUAUCCAUAUUUGAUUACUUUAGGAAAUAAAAUCAUGAUUUUAGAGUAUGAGGCCAAACGUUUGAUGGAAAGGAAAGCCGAAGAAGCUUUCAUUAAUUCGUUAGAUAAGAAAAUCCCUUUGGAUAUCUAUUUCCGUAUUAGAGUUCGAAGAAACAAUAUCAUUCAGGAUUCAUUAAGUCACAUAAAAUUAAACCAACAGAACUUGAAGAAAGGUUUGAAGAUCCAAUUCGUCAAUGAACCAGGUAUAGAUGGUGGUGGGUUGAGAAAAGAAUGGUUCCAUUUGAUUAUCGAUGAGAUCUUAAAUCCAAGAAAAGGUUUAGUUUCCAAUAUUGAUGAGUCAAACUUCCUUUGGUUUCAUUUAUUACCUCACAAUACUAACCAGGAGUAUUACUUCUUAUUGGGAGCUAUCUUAGGGUUGGCUAUUUAUAACUCCAAUAUCUUGAAUUUGAAAUUCCCCUUAGCCUUCUAUAAGAUAUUGUUGAACUUACCUAUUGGAUUCAGUGAUUUCCAGCAGAUUUACCCACAAUCAUCAUCCAACCUUAUGAAAUUGAAAGAAUUAUCUCCUGAAGAUUUGGAGGCUUUGGAGUUAACUUUUGAAAUCACUUUACUUGAUGUUGAAGGGAAUCACGUGACUCGAAAUCUUAUUCCUAAUGGAGAUAGGGUCAGAGUCAACUGUUCGAAUUUGAAUGAUUAUAUUGAAAAGUAUGCCAAAUUCCAUAUUCAUGAUGGUAUCACCAUACCCAUGAACCAACUUUUAAAGGGGUUCAAAUCUGUCACCAACGGUAAUGGGUUAAGCUUGUUUGCACCAGAAGAAAUCAAAUUACUUUUAUGUGGAGAUGACGAAAGUAAGCUAGAUAUUGACAUCUUAAGAUCUAUCAUCAACUACAAACCUGAGGCAGCUAAAGAGUAUGCAAUAGUUGAAUGGUUUUGGGAUUAUCUUCAAAGUUUGAAUUUCAGCCAACAGAGGAAGUUCCUCAUAUUUGUGACUGGUAGUGAUAGGAUUCCAGCCACGGGAAUCCAAAAUAUGAUAUUCUCCAUCAAGGUGAUAGCCUAUGACAGUGAGAAGCUACCUCUAAGUCAUACAUGUUUCAAUCAAUUAGAUUUAUAUAGAUAUGGUACUAGAGAGAAAUUAUUCGAGAAAUUACACAAAGCUAUCAAUGAAUCAUCAGGAUUCGGAAUGAAGUAA